UUUAUUGUACUGCGUAUUUCUAACGGGGAAGAUCAAUUUUGUGAGACACCAUCUCUUGAUCCAGGAGUAUGUAUUACAAUACAUAAAUGCCCGUCAUUACGUAACAUGUUACGAUCGAUCAGAGAAAAACCAGAAAAUCGUGAUUAUUUAACUCAAUCGAUAUGCGGUUACAAUAAUACCGUACCAAUUGUAUGUUGUCCAGAAGAUGUGGAGGAUGUCAAUAAAUUAAAGCUUUCCACAAAUUGUGGACAAUUUGAUGAAGAUACUGAACAAGAAUAUCCAUGGAUUGUGUCAUUGGGUUAUGGACGUCAAGAAAAUCAUGAUGAAAUUCAGUGGCUUUGUGCUGGUACACUUGUUACGAAGGUGCAUGUUUUGACUAGUGCCUACUGUGUUCGAGCACGUAAUGAUUUAUUUAAGGUUCGCGCAAAUUCGUUCGAUUCGGAUAAUUUCGCAAAUGAAGGUAUUAUCAAAAAACAAAUCGUUCAUGAAGAGUACAACAAACUUAGCCAUAAAAAUGAUAUUGCAAUACUGUUGGUCGAAUGGUCACAAUCUGAUGAAGAUCCAAUUCCUAUAUGUCUACCAAAACUUCCAAAUAUGGAAUUUAAUCGACAAGUUAAGCCAACUGUUGCACAUAAAUGGGAUUCGGAUUUAAGUUCCCGUGAAAUCACAAUAAUACCCACAAAACAAUGUGCUCAAUUCUACGAAGUUAUCAAAGCAGCCAAAAUUAACGACAAUACUUUGUGCUCGAAUAUUGAAUCAUCGUGUCAGAGUAUUACAGGUAGUCCGCUAAUGUUAACACAAUCGCAACCGAAUGACCAAUCCGACAAAUACUAUGCAAUUGGAAUAUCAUCAUACAGUUUUAACUGUAAUUCAUCGAAUCAAUUACCAAAUGUGUUCACCAGAGUUUAUAAAUAUGUCGAUUGGAUCGAAUCGAAUUUGUAUAUUUAAGUUUAAAAUUUGUAAAAUAA